AUGUCUUACUUUUCUCUUGGAAAUGUUUUGAUGGACUUGAUCCUGGAAACCGACACCAGUUACGUCAAGAAAUGGAAUCUCAAUCUUGACGAUCAAAUCAUGGCCGAGGAAGAACAUGAGCCAUUGUUCAAGGAAGUCUCAUCACACACAAAUACUCUCCGCGUUCCUGGAGGAUGCGCUUUGAACACCUCUCGAGUUAUAUCGAAACUAGCUGGUAGACGAUCAUGCGUCAGUGUCGAUUUCGCUGGUGUAACUGGCAUGGAUGGUGUUGGCGACAAAAUUCAUGAAAUGCUUACGUCGAACGGAAUUUCCUUCCAUCGUGUGCAGAGUAAAGUGCCCACUGGGAACACAGUUGCUCUCGUCACUGAGGGUGGUAAACGAUCACUUCUUGGCCCGGUCGUGAUGGCGAAUCAUUUUUCUACCACUGACUUGGAGAAAUUAGAAGACAGAUGGAAGAAAGCAUCAUUCAUAUUUCAAGCGUCUUGGUUUUUCUUAUCACCUGAUGGCAUCGAAUGUGCUUUUAAAAUGGCAACUCAUGCUGCCAAAAACGGUCAGCACUACGGAUUCAAUCUCGCGGCAGAGUCUCUAGUUCACAAAUUCCGUGAUGAGCUCGUGUGCUUAAUGCAAUACACUUCCUUUGUAUUUGGAAACACUGUCGAAUAUGAAGCUUUUGCUCAAGCAAUGGAAUGGGACUACGAAUCAGUACACGAUAUUCUUCAUAAAAUGGAUGCACUGUCAUACCUUGGUGAACAAAGAAGGACUUUCCUCGUAACUUCUGGCUCCGCUCCAACGCUGAUGUUAUUCGAAGGAAGUGUUCAUGAAUUCCCUGUCAACAAGGUCCACAAAGACAGGGUCAUCGAUACGACUGGAGCUGGAGAUGCUUUUUGUGGUGGCUUCAUAUUUGAACUUCUUAAUUCGGGUGAUGACUCUUCACUUUUUGCACUGGAAAAUGCCAUAGAAACUGGUCAUGGAACUGCUAAAAGUGUUAUUCAAAUGAGGGGUUGUGACGUUUCUAAAAUACUUCCUGUAUUAUCUCUUGAAGCUGGAAAAUAA